AUGGCUCUCGCUGGUUUUAUAGAAUUUUUUCAAAAGGGAAAGACUUUUAGACCUAGAAAAAAAUUUACACCAGGUACGCUAAGGUAUUCUUUACACAAACAUGCUCAAGCUUCAUUAAAUUCAGGCAUAAAAUUAAGUUCAGUCGUUAAACUUCCACCCGGAGAAGAAUUGAAUGAUUGGAUUGCAGUUCAUGUCGUAGAUUUUUUUAACAGAAUUAAUCUCAUUUAUGGUACAAUAUCGGAAUGGUGCACCGAAACUACAUGUCCGACAAUGUCUGGCGGACAUAAAUUUGAAUAUUUAUGGGCAGAUGGUGCCAAAUAUAAAAAACCCACACCUUUACCAGCUCCCCAAUACAUUAGUUUAUUGAUGGAUUGGAUCGAAGCUCAAAUAAACGAUGAAACUCUUUUCCCAGUGACCAUGGACAUACCUUUUCCGAAAACCUUUCAACCUCUUUGCAAAAAAAUAUUAACAAGGUUAUUUAGAGUUUUUGUUCACGUUUACAUACAUCAUUUUGAUAGGAUAGUAACAAUCGGUGCAGAACCUCAUGUCAAUACUUGUUACAAACAUUUUUAUUAUUUUGUUAAAGAAUUUGAAUUGAUCAGUAACAAAGAAUUGGAACCGUUGAAAGAAAUGACUCAAGUGAUUUGUAGGGAAAUACCAUCAUAA